AGUGUGUGCACGAGCACGGUGCACGGAAACCUCUUCAGCAAGUGCAACAAACUCCGAUGCCUCGCGCAGAAGUUCAGGAGUAAAGAGAAGAGGCCAGCUCUCAUGGAUCGGAUAUGACAGGAUUUCCCGAACCGCUGAAACACAGGGAAAAUGGCGCGGAGCAGAAGAGCAACGCUGAACUCCGCCGCACGGCUGCUUUUACCGUGCCUGAUAUGCGUGCUUGUUCCGGUGAGAGCGCGGGCCUCGGUCAACGACGUCCCGGGCGGAUUCAGCCUGACCCCGCCGUACUUUAACCUGGCUGAGGGUUCGCGUAUUUCCGCCACGGCUACGUGUGGUGAGGAGGACAACGGCAACCCGAGGACGGAUCUCUACUGCAAACUGGUCGGAGGUCCGACUGUGGGAUUAACCAGCCAAACUAUCCAGGGGCAGUACUGUGACUACUGCAAUGCCAAUAAUCCUGAGAAAGCCCACCCAGUGAGCUAUGCCAUCGAUGGCACCGAGCGCUGGUGGCAGAGCCCGCCUCUCUCUCGGGGGCUGAGGUUCAACGAGAUAAACGUCACACUGGAUUUGGGUCAGCUUUUCCAUGUGGCUUACAUCAUCGUGAAGUUUGCAAACUCGCCAAGGCCGGAUCUGUGGGUGCUCGAGCGCUCCGUCGAUCACGGGAGGACCUUCACACCUUGGCAGUAUUUCGCACAUUCGAAACAGGAUUGUAUCGAACGGUUUGGGAAGGAGCCGAACAGCAGAACUGUUCGAGACGAUGAUCAGAUCUGUACCACAGAGUACUCGAGGAUCGUCCCAUUAGAAAACGGAGAGAUCUUCGUGUCUCUUGUGAACGGUCGUCCCGGAUCGAAGAACUUCGCCCACUCUCCGAUCCUGCAGGAUUUCACGAAGGCCACAAACAUCCGCUUACGAUUUUUACGGACCAACACACUGCUGGGACACCUGAUCUCCAAGGCUCAGCGUGACCCCACUGUGACACGCCGGUACUAUUACAGCAUUAAAGACAUCAGUGUCGGAGGGCGGUGUGUGUGUCACGGCCAUGCCCAUACGUGUGGAGCGAGAGUGCCAGGCCGGCAAGAUCAACUCCAGUGCGAGUGUCAGCACAACACCUGCGGCGAGUCAUGUGACCGCUGUUGCCCUGGAUACCAUCAGAAGGCGUGGCGUGCGGGGACGGCGGACAGUCCCAACGAGUGCGAGCCUUGCCAAUGCCAUUCGCAUGCCACUGACUGUUAUUAUGAUGCUGAGGUGGAGCGCCGGAGAGCAAGUUUGAACAUACACGGCAGGUAUGACGGUGGAGGCGUGUGCAUUAACUGCCAGCAUAACACAGCUGGGGUGAAUUGUGAAGUGUGUGCUGAGGGCUACUUCAGGCCGCAUGGCGUUCCCAGAGAGUCUCCAACAGGCUGUAUCCCGUGCAGGUGUGACGGCAGGAUUACAAGCGGCUGCGAGAUGGGUUCAGGACGGUGUAUAUGCAAACCUCAGUACAGCGGAGAACACUGCGAUCGCUGCGCCAGAGGCUACCAAGGAUACCCACAAUGCACUCCAUAUCUAGAUCACCUGAUCCGGACUCCUGAACCUCCAACUGGCAACGUUGUUGAUUGUCCUGUGGGGUAUUUUGGUGCACCCAACUGCCAGCCAUGUUUGUGUGAGCACGCUGGUACAGCUCCAGAGAUCUGCAGUGCUUCUGGACGCUGUUUAUGCCGUCCUGAGGUUACAGGCCAGAGAUGUGACCGCUGUCGUCCGGGCCAUCACUCCUUCCCGUACUGCUACUACUGUCGAUGUGAUGGCCCCGGGGUGGCUGAUCGGUCAUGUGAACCAUCGGGUCAGUGUCACUGUCAACCAAAUUACAUCGGCCUGCAGUGUGAGCAAUGCGCCAUGGGAUACUACACAUAUCCGUCAUGCUCCCCAUGCCAUUGUUCACGGGAAGGCUCUAUUGAUGGGUCAUGUGACCCACAGACGGGUCAGUGCGUGUGUAAUCCUGGCGUGAUGGGGCGCAGGUGUGACCGCUGCAUCAAACCUGACCAGACCUUUCCUGAUUGCUCUGAUCUCGACGGUUCUUGCAAUCCAGCAGGGUCGGAAGUUGAUCCUCUAACAGAUUCUUGUAUCUGCCUGCCGUAUGUAGAGGGAUCUGAAUGUGAACGCUGCAAACCACUUUACUGGAACCUGGAUCCUGAAAACCCAUCUGGCUGCGUUGAGUGCAUGUGUGAUGUUAAAGGGACUCUGAGCGGUGUGGCCGAAUGUCACGAGGAAAGCGGUGAAUGCUCCUGCAAGCCCAACAUUUGCAGCCACGCCUGUGAUACAUGUAACGACGGCUACUUCCUGCUGCAGGAGAAGAACUAUUUUGGCUGCCAGGGCUGCCGGUGUGAUGUGGGCGGGGCUGUAGGGCGGGGUUGUGAUGAGCUGACUGGUCAGUGCCAGUGCAGGAAGCACAUGCGCGGGAGAACGUGCUCUGAGCCAGAGCCCAACUUCUACAUCCCUGAUCUCCAUCAUCUAAAGUUUGAGGCAGAAAACGGCAUCACCCCCAAUGCCCGGCCCGUGCGCUUUGGCUACGACAGGAACGAGUUCCCAGAAUUCAGCUGGAGAGGCUACGCUACACUGUCACGUGCGCAGCCAGAGUUGCUGGUGUAUGUUGUUGUCACUUCCCCUGGUCCCUUUACUGUAAUAAUGCGCUACAUGACCGCUGACCUGCACACGCCUGUGCGCGGGAGAGUCUUACUGGUGGCGGGAUCCAGCUUUUACUCUCAAUGCAGCUGGUCUGGAGACAGUAAAGAGGUGCUGUUUCCUCCCAGCCGCUCUCCUGCCUUCCUGACCGUCCCUGGAGACGGAUUCGCUCAGCCUUUCACUCUCAGUACAGGAAAAUGGAUUGUGUGUGUGCAGGCUGAGGGAAUCCUGCUGGACUACUUGGUGCUGCUGCCCAGUGCGUACUAUGAAGCUAAGAUCCUGCAGCAGGAGAUCACCGAGCCAUGUAGCUACCUGCUCCGAGACGGCAACUGUCUCCUCUACAAGCACGUGCCGUUGGACAGGUUCCCGUCAGCGUUGGCGUCUCAGAGCCUGGGCUCUACACAGAGACACAGCCGCAUACGACGGCCCACUGCCGAGCAUCCCGAGCUGGUGUCCGUCAACGGCAGGCAGCUGCGUCUGAUGCUACACGUCCCUGAAUCCGGGUCACACGUCCUGGUUCUAGAAUAUGCCAGCGAAGUGGAUGCUACCCAGAACCUCAACGUCUAUAUCGGUGGACAACCACGGGACCAAAUUCGAACCAGAGCUAACAUCUACAGCUGUGCUUAUAGCUUCCUCUGUCGCUCCGUGGUGGUGGAUGGAGAGAACCGAAUCGCACACUUCCUGCUUCCUCCCAAGGCUGAGAUUCUCCUACAAUCCCCCACAAACUCGGUCCUGCUGUAUCGAGUGUACGCCGUCCCUUCUGAUGAGUUCACCAUGGAGCUCGUCCAGCCCACGGUGCUCUGCGUCUCGCACCACGGACGUUUCACAGAGGACAGUAAUCACUGCAUUCAGAGGCAGUUCCACACACCUCCCACAGUUGUCACUUUAGACGACUCCACCGUGACCCGGCCGUCCAGAUUCAGCACUCAGGCUUCAGGACGGUGUGAUGGACCUUUGCUCAAAUCCCCCCAGACUGAAGUGGAACUGAGAGCACAGGUACCUCAGACAGGCCGCUACGUGUUUGUAGUGCACUACUGUCAGCCUGAGCACACUACCUUCCCUGUGGAGGUGCUGCUGGACUCGGGGGAGAAGUGGACAGGUUAUGUGAACGCCUCCUUCUGCCCAUCCGUGUCCGGCUGCAGGAGUGUGGUUAUAGCAGAGAGACGCAUCGCUCUGGACGUCCUCCAGCAGACUCUGUCCAUCACUCUGAAGAUCCCCAAGGGAAAAACCCUCACUCUGGAUUCAGUGUUGGUGAUUCCUGAGGAAAGCUACAGCCCUGAACUCCUUAAUCCUAAAGCUCUGGAUAUGGCUUCAGAUUUCAUCAAUCAGUGUGGAGCUCAGGGAUUUCACAUCGACCUCCACAGCGCCUCGGAGUUCUGUAAGAGUUCGGCUCGCUCUUUGGUCGCUCAUUAUCUGGACGGUGCUCUGCCUUGCCAUUGCCAUAAAGUAGGAGCAACCAGUCCUACCUGUGAGCCAAUUGGAGGCCAGUGUCACUGCAGGCCUCACGUGAUUGGACGCCAGUGCUCUCGCUGUGCCACAGGGUUCUUCGGCUUCCCUUACUGCAGACCGUGUCAGUGCGGCCGGAGACUGUGUGACGAGGUCACGGGCGAUUGUAUUUGUCCACCUCAGACGGUGCGUCCUGCCUGUGAUGUGUGUCAGAGGGAGACAUUCAGCUAUCACCCGCUGCUGGGCUGCGAAGGCUGUGACUGUUCACCGACCGGAAUCCGGAAAGGAGACACGGGUCAAUGUAACGUCACCACCGGCCAGUGCACUUGUAAACCCAGGAUAGGUGGACGGCAGUGCUCGCAGUGUGUCUCCGGUCACUACCGUUUCCCGGACUGCGUGCCAUGCUCUUGUAACACCGGAGGAGUGACGGCUCAGAUCUGUGACCCCAACACCGGGCACUGCCUCUGCAAGAGUAACGUGGAGGGUCCGCAGUGUAACGUGUGCCGUAAAGGCUCGUUUCAUUUUGACUCGAGCAACCCGAAAGGAUGUACCGAGUGCUUCUGCUUCGGCGUGACGGCUCAGUGCCGCAGCUCCGACAAGCGCAGGGGGAAGUUUGUGGACAUGCGCUCGUGGCGCUUGGUGACGGUUGAUCAGGACGAGGUGGCGAGUGUGUUGAACAGUCUCAGUAACACGGUGGUGGCUGACGUUCAGGAGCUUCCUGCAUCCGUGCUGCAGCUCCACUGGGUCCUGCCUCAACCGUACCUUGGGGACAGGGUGUCAUCUUACGGAGGCUUCCUCACCUACCAGGUCAAAUCUUUUGGCCUCCCACAUGAAGGGAUGAGGCUUUUAGACAAACAGCCCGACGUUAUCCUCAAGGGAGAAAAAAUGGUGUUGGUCUACCAGGAUCCUCAGUCACCUUUGCCAGACAGGGUUUAUCAGGGUCGUGUGCAGCUAGUCGAGGGCAACUUCCGCCACAGUGGGACGAACAGACCUGUGUCUCGAGCGGAGCUGAUGCGAGUCCUGGCCCGGCUGGAGGCCGUGUGGCUCCGAGCGCUUUAUUUCACACACACUCAGAGACUCAGCGUGGGCGAGGUGGGCCUGGAGGAGGCCAGCAGGUUGGGCACUGGGGCACCAGCGGGCACUGUGGAGGUCUGCUCCUGCCCACCGGAGUACACCGGAGACUCCUGCCAGAGAUGCGCUCGCGGUUACUAUAGAGACAGACAUGGCCGCUGCGUUGCCUGUGCCUGUAAUGGACUUUCAGAGGAUUGUGAGGAGAGUACAGGGAGAUGUCUGAACUGCCAGGAAAACACAGCCGGAGAUCACUGCGAGCGCUGUAAAGACGGUUACUAUGGCAACGCCGCUCUGAGGACCUGCACGAUCUGUCCAUGUCCACUUCGUCUGGAGAGCAACAACUUCGCUGUGGGCUGCAGUGAGGUAGCUGGAAGAAUUCGGUGUCAGUGUAAGCCGGGAUAUACAGGAGAAUCGUGUGAGAGGUGUGCUCCCGGGUAUUUCGGCAGACCAGAGGAAUAUGGGGGCAGAUGUCAGCCGUGCAACUGCAACGGAAACUCCUGCUCUCCCACCACUGGGGUGUGCAAUUACAUCCAGGACCCAAAAGACACGAACCCGGCUGAGGAAUGCACAGAAUGUGACAGCUGCGCUCAGACAUUACUAAACGAACUGGAGAAGCUGGACGCUGAACUGAUGCGGCUCAAGGUGCAGCUGGAUUCGCUCAGUUCCAGCUCCGAGGCUCAGCGGCGUCUCAAAGAGCUCGAGAAAGCCAUCACUGAUGUGAAGAACCUGGUGACAUCGUACACGGCUGAUGUGAGAAAGCUGAGGCCUAAAGUGAGCGAGCUGGAGCAAGAUGUUCGCACUCUGACGCGAGACAUUGACAGGCUGAAGCAGGAGGCUGAGAAGGGAUCAAGCGAGGCUCAGAAGGUGGUUAAAAAUGUAGAAAACACACACAACAAAGCUAAAGAUCUCAACACCCAGGUGCUGGAUAUGCUCAGGAAAAUCCAAGAGCUCCUGAAGCAGUUGAGUGAUCCGUCACUGGGCGGCAGCAGCACAUUUCCUUCAGGAGAUGUGGACAAAAUGCUGAAGGAGGCCGAGCGACUGGUGCAGGAGAUGCAGGACAGGAGCUUCACACCUCAGAAGGAAGCAGCAGAAAAGGAGCUGGACGAGGCAAAGAAACUCCUUGAUUACAUUAAGAACAACUGCACCAAGCAGUUUAACGAGAACCAGGCAGCAGCCGAGAGGAUCAGGGGACUCCUGAGCAACUACGAGGACAAGCUGAAGGAGCUGGAAAAGGCACUGAAGGAAGCCAGUGAGACGGUGCAGAAAGCCAACACGCAGAACACUCGCAACACCGAGACCCUCAGCGAUCAGCUGAAACGUAUUAACAGUUUGGAGAAAGAGAAAAGCAACGUGGAGAAGGACAUCGCUUUGGCGAAGCAGCAGCUAAACAAUGUUGAGGAUCUGCUGAAGAUGCUCACGGACAGUAAGAAGGAGUAUGAGCAGAUCGCCGCAGAGCUGGACGGUGCGAAGGGCAGGCUGACGGAGCGAGUCAACAGCAUCUCGCAGACGUCGGCUCAGGAGAAGCUGGUGAAGGACGCUGAGGAUCAUGCAGCUCUGCUCAACAAGCUGGCUAAUGAGCUACAGCAGGCCAUACAGAACUCGAGUGGCCGAGCUGACGUGAAGGAUGCCCUCGCCGCCGUCGACGCCUACAAAAACAUCACAGAGGCAAUAAAGGCAGCCGAGGAGGCAGCAAAGAAGGCCAAGGAGGCAGCUGACAAGGCGCUAAAUGAUGCCACUGGGGGUGAUAUAAGCCAGAGGGCAAAGGAUCUGAAAGACCAAAGCACAGAACUACAGAAAGAGGCUAACCAAGCUGAGAAAGAUGUGAAGAAGCUAAAAACUGACCUGAAGGAUCAGAAACAGCGUUUAGACGACGCCGAAAAGAAGAAAGCCCAGCUGGAGAAAGCUCUGGUUGACAUCAACAAGGAUCUAAACAGCAUUCAGAGAGAUGACAUUGCUACAAUGAUCGAUAUCGCCAAGAAAACUGCACAAGCAGCGAACGCUUCGGCCAGCGACACGAUGAACAAGCUGAAGGACAUAAACGCAGAAAUCGAUGCUAUUAAAGCGCUAAACCUGGGCGGCUCUUCAAACCAGACCGGCAUCGACAGCCUGCUCAGUGACGUGGACAAUGCGGUGAAAAACCUGAGCAACUCCAUCCCGUCCCUGCUGGAUAAAUUCAAUCAGGUGGAGAAGCUCAGCUCUGAAAUCGACCCCAACAACAACAUCUCCUACAACAUCAUGCGCAUUAAAGAGCUGAUCGAGGAAGCACGCGGUGCUGCCAACAGGAUUCCUCUGCCCAUGAAAUUCACUGGUUUGGAGCAUGUGGAGCUUCGACUCCCCCAAACCCUGGAUGACUUGCGAGCCUUCACGUCGAUGAGUCUCCUCCUCCAGCGUGACGAUAGUCAAGUCGAGAGCCGAGGGGACGGCAGGCGGCGACGUCGCCAGAGCCCCGGAGACAACGGAGAUCUGUUUAUUCUCUACCUCGGCAGCAAGGACGUGACUAAGGACUACCUCGGCAUGGCUCUGAGAAAAAACGUCCUCUAUUUCGUUUACAAGCUGAACGGAGACGUUAAGGAGAUCAUGUCCUCAGACAUCACGCUGUCCAAACCGGAUCGGGUGUACUUCGAUAAAGUGGAUAUGCGCAGGAUUUACGAAGAUGCUCAGGUCAAUCUCACAAAGCUUUUCACAACCAAUACCCCAGACCCAGAAAUCACAAAUUCUGAGCAGGGAGACUCGCUUUAUAACCUGCUGGACCUCCAUCCCAGUGAAGCAGUCUUCUACGUCGGAGGUUACCCGAAAGACUUCACUCCUCCGGCACCUCUUAAUUACCCCGGAUACAAGGGCUGUAUUGAGUUCAACAUGUUUAACGAGAGGUUUAUGAGUCUGUACAACUUUAAGUCGCUGGGACCCGAGAAUGUCACCUUAGAGAUCCCGUGCAAGAGGUACAUCCGGCCAGGAGAGGGUGAAUACCUCGAAGGCACAGGUUAUAUCCAGUUACAGCUGGAGAAGGUGCUCAGAGUGAUGAGCAUCAUCCAGACCAUCGAGACUCGAGCUGAGAACGGCAUCAUCCUGUACUUGGGAAAUGAGAACUCGUACUACCUCAUCACUCUCGAGAAGCACUACGUGGUGCUGAGUGGCAAAAUCGGAGACCAGCAGCUGGAGACCAAGAGAAGCAGCGUGGCUCAGGAUUUGAAUGGAGAUUUCAGGGUGUACUUCGAUGGUAAUAACGGAGUUGUAGUGGUCCGGUACAAAAACAAGGAUGUGCUGAAAGGGCAAUACGUUUAUGAUUCUUUUAGCAGCUAUUUCAUCGGUGGCAUUCCCUCAGAUUUAAGAAAGAGACACAACAUCACAGUGCCACCACUGAAGGGCUACGUGAAGGAUUUGCAGGCCAACAACAAAGCUUCAUCUGCCAUAAAUAAAGUGGGAGUUGGCCGGAGCUACAGCAGUAAGAUGCUGGCAUUGAGGAAGGCGGAGUUCAGCACGGGCGGAUCUCUGGACUCUCUGCCCACAGGCUUCAGUCUGAAUGGAGCCCUGACGAUCUCGCUUGGAUUCAUGAGCACCGAGAAGGACGGCUUGCUGCUGCAGAACAAACAGGCUAGCAAAGAGCUCGGGCUCAUGAUGAUGGACGGAUAUGUGCUACUGAAGUUCCAGGACCGUUUUUGGAGAUCCAAAAAGCAGUACCAAGAUGGAGAAUGGCAUUACGUUACUGUCACAAACAAGGCUGGACAAGUGGAGCUUCGAAUCGACGAAGACGACAGAGGACAGGUUAUCACGGGGAUAUCACCUCCCAAUCUCAACUUCCGCUCUGAUAAUGUCACUCUGUCCGACGGCUCCUUCACAGGCUGCAUGUCUAACAUCUACCUGAGAAGGCCUGAUGCUUUGUACCAGCCAGAGGACUUGAGUGAUUAUACCUCGAACGGAGACGUGAUGCUGGAUACGUGCACAUCCGAGCGUCAGCCUGAGAACAUGUGGGCUAACCGGAAGAAGGAUGGCAAAGACGAGAUAAAGGAUGAGGGAGACUCUGUCUGCUUCCUCCCGACUCCGAUCCCACAUUCCUUUCACCUCGCAGGUGCUUCCAGCAGUCUGACCUACACCAUGCCCUCUAGAGAUCUCACACACAGGCCCCAUUUCUCCUUAGAUGUCAGGACAAAGUCAGCAGAAGGUCUCAUCUUCUACAUUCCCACUGAGCAGGAAAAGUAUCACCUGGCUCUGUAUGUGUCCAAGGGAAGGAUCCGCUUGUCGGUCGGCCGUCGGAGGGAAAUCUUUAACAGGGAGAAGUACAACGAUGGAAAGUGGCACACGGUAACACUGAGUCUGGAGAAGCGCAGGUUUCGCCUGGUGAUUGACGGUCUGAGAGCGCAGGACGGUGUGCUGAAUCCAGGAGAGAGCUCGUCUAUCCAGCUGAGUAGAGCUGUUUACCUGGGCAGCCCUCCAGCACACACACAUGCUGAUCUGAAGUGGAAGAUGUUGCCGGUGCACGGCGUGGUCGGGUGUGUCCACAAUUUCAAGCUGAACGGCUCGGCGAUGGCAGCACCAGCAGUGAAUCGUGGUGUGGGCCUGUGCUUUGAGGGGCAGAUGAAAAGUGGGGCGUACUUCUCAGGGCAUGGAGCUCACGUCAUCAUUGAUGAAUCGUUUGUAGUGAUAAAGAAGUUUGAGCUCGUGUUCGAGUUGCGUCCCAGUAAGCAGACUGGCCUCCUGCUGCACGUCGGAAACUCUGACCAUCAUCUCACUGUGUUCAUGAAGAAAGGAGAGGUGGUGGCUCAGGUGAAUAACGGUGGAGGAGGAUUCAGUGUGUGUGUUCAGCCCAAGCAGACCCUGUGUGACGGCAUGUUCCACAGAAUAGCAGUUAUCCAGCAGAACAAUGUGGUCGAGAUGCACGUGGACACGGAGGGCAAAUAUACGAUCGGACCGAGCGCCUCUUCUCCUUCUCAUGACAGAUUUCCUGUUUACGUAGGCGGUGUUCCAGAUGGUCGAAAGCUCUCGUUCCUCCCUGUUACUGAAUCCUACGCUGGAUGUCUCCAAAACAUGGUCUUUAACAGGGAUGUGGUGGUGUUUGAGAAGCUCUCUGCAGUAUUCGGUCCUGUAAAUAUGCGAGAGUGUCCAGCUAACCUGAGAGCGCCGUCUCCACACUGAAGUCCUUUCCACUGUUUCAGGACUCUGGGUGUAAUCGUGACUGGGUCAUACGUCAGUGUUUCCUCUAGUCUCCUGUCCAAUAGCUUUUUUUUUUUUUUACCGAUAGAUCCAAAAGUCACAUACUUCUGAAGAUACUGGACGUAUCUUCUAAUUGGGUGAAUUUAAUAUUUUGACCUGAGGCUAUUUAUUUACUAGCUGGUCUCGUUUGCACACUAUUAUUUAAAGCAACCUGUAAUAUUUAAGUCUUUCAUUAAGUGAAAUGGAAGUAUUGUACUGUAAUUUUUUGACCAUCGUAAUGUUUACCAGCCGAAUUACUUUUCUCCAAGCUGUAUUAUAUCAUUAAAUCUGGUGUAAAGACU